CGGGACCGGAGAUGUCCCGCGGCUGCGGGGAGGGGACAGGGAGCAGCGGCCGCCGGGAGCGGAGGUGGCCGCGUCCUGGCGGCCGUGUCCGCAGCGCGGGGGGCGGGACGCGGUUCCGUGGGCAGGACACGGGCACGGGCACGGCCCCGCGGACAGGACGUGUCCCCUCGGGCGGGAUGCGUCCCUGUGGUCACCGUGUGUCCCCGCCAUGGGCAAGACACGGCCGCGUCCCCCGCGAGCGCCACGCGUCCCCGCCGUAGGCGGGACACGGACCUGUGGUCACUGCGUGUCCCCGUACGGGCAGGAGACGUCCCCCACGGGCCGGACAUGUCCGUGUGGUCACUGCUUGUCCCCCACGGGCAGGACGUGUCCCCACCGCCGUCGAGGCCGGGCAAACACCCCCCGAGGUCGGGCGAGAUCCUCUCUCCCCGCGUCCCUUCCCCGGCCGGCACUCACCGUGUCCCCCCGCGCGUCCCCUGUCCCACAGGUCGCCCCCGCGCCGCCGAGCCAUGCGGGAUCGCCCGGUGCUGUCGCCAGCAGAGCCAUGAGCAGCUGCCGCUACAAUGGGGGGGUGGCACGGCCCCGGGGCCCCCCGAGCGCCGCCCGCACCCCGCAGCAGCCGCACCGGGACCCGCAGCCGCCGCUGCCCUGCCCCAGCCCCCACCUGCAGGUAGUGGUGUCCCGGCCCGAGCAGCCCGGGACAACGGAGCCCGGCCCCGCCGCAGCAUCCCCGGGACAGGGGGCGGCGGAGGAGCGGCGGAACCAGAACAUCGGCUACAAGUUGGGCCACCGGCGAGCGCUCUUCGAGAAGCGCAAACGGCUCAGCGACUACGCGCUCAUCUUCGGCAUGUUCGGCAUCGUGGUGAUGGUCACCGAGACCGAGCUCUCCUGGGGGGUCUACACCAAGGAAUCGUCGUAUUCGUUCGCCCUGAAAUGCCUUAUCAGCCUGUCGACGCUCAUCCUGCUGGGGCUCAUUGUCAUGUACCACGCCAGGGAGAUCCAGCUGUUCAUGGUUGACAACGGCGCCGACGACUGGCGCAUCGCCAUGACCUCGGAGCGUGUCUUCUUCAUUGCGCUGGAGCUGCUGGUGUGCGCCAUCCACCCCAUCCCCGGGCAGUACCUGUUCACCUGGACGGCCCGGCUGGCCUUCACCUAUGCAGCCUCGGUGGCCCACGCCGAUGUGGACAUCAUCCUGUCCAUCCCCAUGUUCCUGCGGCUCUACCUGAUCGGCCGUGUGAUGCUGCUGCACAGCAAGCUCUUCACUGACGCCUCGUCGCGCAGCAUCGGCGCGCUCAACAAGAUCAACUUCAACACGCGCUUUGUCAUGAAGACCCUCAUGACCAUCUGCCCUGGCACGGUGCUGCUGGUCUUCAGCAUCUCCUCCUGGAUCAUCGCCGCCUGGACCGUGCGUGUCUGUGAGAGGUACCACGACAAGCAGGAGGUGACCAGCAACUUCCUGGGGGCCAUGUGGCUGAUCUCCAUCACCUUCCUGUCCAUUGGCUACGGGGACAUGGUGCCACACACCUACUGCGGCAAGGGCGUGUGCCUGCUCACCGGCAUCAUGGGCGCCGGCUGCACCGCGCUGGUGGUGGCCGUGGUGGCCCGGAAGCUGGAGCUGACCAAAGCUGAGAAACACGUCCACAACUUCAUGAUGGACACGCAGCUCACCAAGCGGGUGAAGAACGCCGCUGCCAACGUGCUCAGGGAAACAUGGCUCAUCUACAAGCACACCAAGCUGGUGAAGAAGAUUGACCACGCCAAAGUUCGGACCCACCAGCGUAAGUUCCUUCAAGCCAUCCAUCAGCUAAGGAGUGUGAAGAUGGAGCAGCGCAAACUCAACGACCAGGCCAACACCCUGGUGGACCUGGCCAAGACGCAGUCGGUGAUGCUGGAGCUGCUCUCGGAGCUGCAGGAGCGCCACGAGGAGCUGGGCCGGCGCCUGGGGGCCCUGGAGGUGCAGCUGGAGGCGUUGGGGGGGCUCCUGCAGGCGCUGCCCGCGCUGCUUGGCCGCACCCUGCGCCAGCCGCCGGCCCAAACAGCCCCGGGGACAGCCCUGGAGACAGCCCUGGGGACAGCGGGGACACCACGGGACACCACCGCGCCCUGCAGCCCCCGCCACGGCAGCGAAAGCAGCGACAACCCCCGGGACAGCCCUCGGGACAGCCCCCGGGCUGCCUCGGACAGCAGAUGAGGGACAGCGGCAGGACACCUGUGUGUCACCCGUGUCACCGUGUGUCACCCGUUGUCGUCUCGGACAGCAGCUGAGGGAUGGCAGCGGGACACCUGUGUCACCGUGUGUCACCUGUGUCACCCGUGUCAUCGUGGCCGAGGGACAGCAGCGGCACACCCAUGUCACUGUGUGUAACCUCGGGGUGAUGGGGCCAGCACACCCAUGUCACUGUGUGUAACCUCGGGGUGAUGGGGCCAGCACCGUGACACCGUGUGUGAUCAUCACCCUGGACGGCGGAUGACAGACAGCAGUGGGACACCUGUGUGUCACCCGUGUCACCUCGGACAGCGGCUGAGGGACAGCGGCAGGACACGCGUGUUAUGUCACCAUGUGUCAGUCACCUCGGGGUGAUGGGCACAGCACCAGGUCACCGUGUGUCACCACGUGUUACUGUGUGUCACCACGUGUCACCGUGUGUUCCCUCGGACAGCAGCUGAGGGGUGCUGGAGCCACCCUCCUGUCCCCUUCUGUCACCCUCCCACCCCUUUGGACUGUGGCAGUGGGGUGGGGGGGCCAUGGGACACCCCCCUGUCACCUUCUGUCACCUGGGACAGCGGGUGAUGCCGUGGGGGGGGGGGGGUUAGGGACACCCCCAGACACCUUGGUGUCCCCCCCAGUCCCAGGAGGGCGGUUUUGGCGGGGUGGGGGGGAGGGGUCUCAGAACCCUUUGUACCUCCCUGGUUUUGGGGUGCAGGGGGGUCUCCCAUCCCCUCAGUCCCCCCGCGGUUUUGGGGUGCGGGGGGUUCCCCGUGUUUAUCUCUGGCCAUCGUGUGGCCGUUCCCGUAGCUUUGUUCUGGAAAGCUCUGUAUAAAAACUCCUGCGUUCACUGUGCUGGACCCCCCCAAACCCCUCCGGGACCCCCCAAGUGGGGGGAGCUGAGCUGAGCCUUUUUUUUGGGGGGGAGAGGGGGGGUCCUGGAGAGGGGAGGGGACAAGGGACAGAGGGGACAAACCAGGAGCCAUGAGUGGUUUUUGGGGGGAGGCUGAAAUUUGGGGACA